AUGGAACCCCAUAUCCGCAAUACCAUUUCCCAUCUGCCGAACCCCACGCCCACACCUAUCCUUCGCAAAAGCCACGGGGGAGAAGGAGAGCAAGAUAUGGGUGGUUGGGUGAGGUAG